ACUCUACCUCGUAGACAUAUUUCUCAAGUGCUUGUAUGAAUGUGCAGGGAAACCAAAAAGCCUUCCACCUGUCAGACGUGUUGGUGCGGUCGGGGAGGGAUGAGAGAGGGAGAGGGAUAUUGACCGUCAGAAAGAGGAGAACGGCGCGCGUUCAGGCGGGACAGCAGGGCGCGCAGGACAUCAGCACACCGGCCGGGUCAAGGAGCUGCAAGGAUGGACAUCAGACCGGACAGGUUCAAGGCAGCGGCGGGUAAAACCUUGGGGAAAAUUCACAGGCUCAUCGAGAAACGACAGGCAAAUGGAGAAACCAUUGAGCUGUCAGCUGAAGGCCGCCCGGAGCUGGUGGAGGAGAAGGAACUGCCUGUGGUGGACUGCACCUGCUUCGGCCUCCCCAGGCGGUACAUCAUCGCCAUCCUGUCUGGUCUGGGAUUCUGCAUCUCCUUUGGUAUUCGAUGCAACCUGGGCGUGGCUAUUGUUAGCAUGGUCAACGACCAUACCGUCUACAGAGGAAAUAAGGAGGUGCUUGUGGCGGCGCAGUUCACCUGGGACCCAGAGACAGUGGGGAUGAUCCACGGCUCCUUCUUCUGGGGCUACAUAGUUACACAGAUCCCCGGUGGCUUUAUAUGUCGGAAAUUUGCAGCAAACAGAGUGUUUGGCUUUGCCAUAGUGGCGACGUCUGUCCUCAACAUGCUGAUCCCCUCGGCAGCGCGCUGCCAUUACAGCUGCGUCAUACUCGUGAGGAUAUGUCAAGGCCUCGUCGAGGGUGUGUCGUACCCGGCCUGCCACGGGAUCUGGGCCAAGUGGGCCCCUCCUCUUGAGAGAAGUCGAUUAGCCACAACGGCCUUUUGUGGAUCCUAUGCAGGGGCAGUGGUGGCCAUGCCCUUAGCUGGGGUACUGGUGCAAUACGUCGGGUGGCCUUCUGUAUUUUACGUCUAUGGCAGUUUCGGGAUAUUCUGGUAUUUAUUCUGGAUUCUCGUCUCAUAUGAGAGCCCUGCAGCCCAUCCUACUAUCACUCCAGAGGAGAGAAAAUACAUCGAAGAAGCAAUUGGGGAAUCAGCAUCUUAUCUUAAUCCCCUUCAUAAAUUCAACACCCCAUGGAGACAUUUCUUCACCUCCAUGCCAGUCUAUGCCAUCAUUGUGGCCAAUUUCUGCAGGAGCUGGACCUUCUACCUGCUGCUCAUCAGCCAGCCUGCUUAUUUUGAAGAGGUUUUUGGCUUUGAGAUAAGCAAGGUGGGCUUCGUGUCAGCUUUGCCCCAUCUGGUGAUGACAAUCGUCGUGCCUAUCGGAGGCCAACUGGCCGACUACCUGAGAACCCACAACCUGAUGUCCACCACUAACGUCAGAAAGCUCAUGAACUGCGGAGGUUUCGGGAUGGAGGCCACCCUCCUUCUGGUGGUCGGAUAUUCUCACACCAAAGUUAUUGCCAUUACUUUCCUGGUCCUCGCUGUGGGAUUCAGCGGUUUUGCAAUCUCAGGGUUCAAUGUCAAUCACCUGGAUAUUGCUCCUCGAUAUGCCAGCAUACUGAUGGGAAUUUCCAACGGAGUGGGAACGCUAUCAGGAAUGGUGUGUCCUCUCAUAGUGGGGGCCAUGACCAAACAUAAGACACGUGAGGAGUGGCAGUACGUCUUCCUCAUAGCAUCCCUCGUUCACUACGGAGGAGUGAUAUUUUAUGGGAUCUUUGCAUCCGGGGAGAAGCAGUCGUGGGCCGACAUAGAAGACACAAGCGAAGAGAAAUGCGGUAUAAUCAAUGAGGACGAACUGGCCAAUGAGACGGAGGAGCUCUACCGUGGAGGCGGCCAGUACGGGGCCAUGGGCCAGCCAGUGGUUGGUACGAAUGGAGGAGGAGGCGGAGGAGGAGGCGGAGGAGCAGGAUGGGUUUCAGACUGGGAUAAGUCUGAGGAGUAUGUGCAGCCACCGGGAUACAACUCCUACAUGCACCCUGGAGGGAAGGAGGAGAAGCUGACAUAGAAGACUGGAGUGAUUCAGGUUUUUAAAAAUAAUAAUGAUGAUUUAUGGGAAGGGGUCGAAAGAGUUUUUGAGGUACUGAAAGGACAUUUACAGCAGCACAUGUCAAGAGUCUGGAUCCACGAUGUUGAAGGUGUGUGAGUGUGUGUGUGUGUGUGUGAGUGAGUGAGUAGGUGUGCAGCAGUCAAUGCAGUGGGUUUGCAAAAAUUUACAUUUUUGAUUUGCAAAAUCUGGACUCCUUUCCCAGACUUUCCCCCUGCUCCUGACUUCACGAUUGAGGGCCAGAGUUGUGUUUUCACAACAUCACUGAGGGGCCUGUGUGUCUGUGUGUGUGUGUG